AUGCCGAUGAACCGGAUGAAACAGCGGCGGCUCCGGGGGCUGUCUGGGCAGUUGGGUAGCACUGCUGGUCCGUCGUCACAGCGGCCUACUGCUAGGACUGCAGGGCCUCUUGUUCGGAGCAAGAGCAACUGCUUCUGCGAGGAAGAGGAAGAUCUCCUAAUUAAGCUGCACACUUUGCUUGGAAACCGUUGGUCACUCAUCGCUGGUAGGUUACCAGGAAGGACAGCCGAAGAAGUGGAAAACUACUGGAACCGGCAGAUGAGGAGCAAGCUGAAGUGCACAGGCAUAGAUCCCGAAAAGCAUCGUACAACUACUACAUUUCCCUGCUUACUACCUGAUGAUCAGCAGUGGCGGCGGCGUCUGCGGAACGCAUGCAAAGUGGGACGCCCUGAUGCCAGCAAGCAUCCCGACCGUCCUCCUUCCUCCAACGCCAAGGUUGAAGAGGAAGUUGCUGACAACUGUAGUGUCUCCGACGCAGGCAGCGCCUGCUGA